AUGGGCGAGAAAAAGGAGAAGAUCAAGACCAAGGCCUCCAAGGAAGCCAUGCGAUGGGCCGACGGGGACACGGAAGGUCCGAUCGAACGCGGCCCCACAGAGGCGGGUAACGACUUCGACAUCCGGAUGCAGGAUGAGCCAGAUGGGAUGCUCGCCGCGCAGAAGAUCGUUCAGGUUCUCAAGGAGAAGGGCGUCUGCCUUGUGCAAGCCAACGCUCCCAAGGAGAUCGUCUUCACUGCCCUGGAUGAGGCGGAGAGCCUCUGGGAAGAAGGCGAGUUCAAGCCGCCCAUGCGGGUCCACGACGACCGGAGCCUUCUGGAAGCACAGCUUUGGCGACAAGCGCUGCAGGAUGUUGACAAAGCCGUUUGGAUUCGCGAAUCCGACUGCAAGGCCAUCCAGCUGAAGAACGCGCUGAAACUCCUUGGCAAGAACAUGGCCGACUUCUGCGCAGGACUUGGUCCGCUCCUGGAGAAGGAGAUGGGAGUAUCCUUCGAUCGGCUCGGGCAGCCUCUUCUUACCUGCUACACCGGGGAGCGGCAGUACAGCGUCCAUAUUGACAACCCCCACAGCGGGGAGGAUCAAGGGCUACCCGACAAUGGCAUGCGCACCCUGGUGGCAGAGCUGAGCGAUGUGCGCGCCUUGAAGCAGCGGCUGCACGAGCAGCAAGGACUGCCGCCGCGCUUCAGGCAGAGGCUGUUGCACGAGGGCUGCACUUUGGAAGAUGGCGUCAAGCUGGAUUCUGAGAUGGAUCUGCAGGUUGUGGUUUUGACGUUCUCCGAUGUUUCCGAUGACCAGCGGAGAGCGCUGGUGUUCGCAGCCAGGGAUGGCAACGUGGUUAAGGUUGAAGCGAUGCUGCAAAUCCCCAUGGACCCAGACGACGCCGUUAAGGGUGAGCGCGAUGGUCACGACACGGCCUUGAUGGUCCGGCUCCAUCAUGAGAUUUCAAGAGCCUUGGGCAUACUUGGAAAUUCUUAA